GCAGACUACCCCAGGUCUCCAAACCCCACGAAACCCCAUAUGCUGCGGUUCCUCGCCGGCGGAGCCGCCACCGCGCGCACGCCGCCGGCGCUCCGGCGGCUGCUCCACAUCGGCGGAGGCGGGAAAGAGCCUGAGAGCGUGGCCUACCGCAUGUCGAUGCUGCGGCCCCCUUCUUCCGUGCGGAAGAAGGGGCUCGUGUCCAACUCGUGCAGCCUCAUCGGCCGCCUCGCCACGCCCGUGACGCUGUACGACAGUAGCUGCGACGAGCACCCCGAGGCGUACACCUUCCUUUCCGUCUCCCCUUCCUCGUCCGCGUCCUCCUCCAGCUCUUCCAACUUCUGGGUGACGUUGCAUUUAAAGGGUGAGCUGGCGAAUGUAAGCCUAAAGCAUCUGAAGCACAAUGACCUUGUUUAUGUAUCUGGUUUUCUGAGCUCUUAUCAUAGAGUCAUUCCAAGUGGAGAACGGUAUAUUUCCUAUAAGAUCUAUGUCAAUGAGCUGAAUUAUGUUAUUGAUCAAAAUAAGAAACCUCAGGUUGAUACAGACUCAGUGAAUCCAUCAUCAAUGCCAUCUGUCACCGAGAACAAGUACAUAGACCGGCUUCGCUUGUGGCAAGUCUUCUUUGCCAACCCUUACGAAUGGUGGGACAACCGACAAUCCAAGCCGUACGUCAACUGCCCUGAUUUCAAGCACAAAGACACUCGUGAGAAAAUAUGGCUUCUGCCAGACGACCCUCCCUGGGUAAGAAAGCAACUUGAAGUACAUGACCUGGAAAUAGCAGAUAAUGGUCACAAGGGUUAUGGUCGACCCAUGAAAAAUCACAAUUGGAAAGCUCAAGAUUUCAACUACUAUGAUGAUGAUGAAGUACAGGAUUCUGCAGAAGCAUGAACAAGAAACAUGGCCUCAUUUGCCAAAAAUGAAGAAAUUCAGCAGGCAACUGUGGGACUGUGCUUUUCUUUGGCCGCUGUUCUUACUGAAUUGUAUAGAUGAUAUACUUAGGAGUUAGGAAAUGGAUUUUUCUAAGCGUAGCCAGUUAUUGGGCUUGCAGGGUGAGUAGUGUGUAUUUUGUAACUUAAUUUACAUCUACAUUCUAGAAAGUUGCUAUUACUCCUUAACAUGCCUCAAAAUUUGUUAAGCGAUUUUUGUCACAACUGACAGAAGACCGUUAUAUUCUUA